UUGGGGGACGAACCUGUUGUUCAACGCUCAGAACCGCCCAGAUGCCGGCGCCUUGGAGCGUCUCUCUCCGAGGAGCCUGUCGCACGUCCCGGCCUGACUCCGCGCCCCGCCUCCUUGACCGUUGAUUGGACAGAAAUCGCGGUGAGGGCGGAGACGUGGUCAGGGCGCAUUGCGAAUGGCAGAGCGACUUGUCCGUCAAGUGCUGGGCGGGACGCGGGUCUGGCGGCUGCGUUCGAACCGCCGAGCUGGGACCAGCGAGCCGCAUGGAGCGGCUGGAUCGGAGGCCGGGGGUCGCCGCAGAAGUUGGUGAUGAAAGGGAAGCAGAUGGCCAUGAUCCCUGUUGCUCUUUUGAGAUGAAGCAGCUCUUUGGAGAGUUCCAUAUGUUGUAUCGGGAGCGCCUGCGCCAACUGGAAAUCAUGGAUGAUGCACAGGAGGAGGUUCUCAGAAUGAAGGUGAGGCUUCUCCAGUCCUACAUAAUGGACCUGAGUGACCAGAAUAGUGUCUUAGUUCAGACGAUGGAAGAGCUGGAGAGAGAGUCUGAGUGGAAGGUGGCUAUGCUAGAGGCAGAGCUUCAGCGCCCGUCCCUGGCUCAGCGCCCGGUGCCAACAGAACACCUUUCAGGAGCCACAGCAGCGCAGAUAACUGUCACUCCACCACAGCAAAUAAUGGAGCAAGAAGAACUGAGGGUUCAGCUGGCAUCUAAAGAGCAGCUUAUUCAUCAGUUAAAUGUCCAUCUGAUGGAGGCAAAUCACAGCCAGGAAAAGUCAAAAGCAGAGGUUAGCAGUGCUCCAGGAUCCCGUCCUUGUGAAAGUCUCCCCUCGUCUUCCCAAACCAAUGAGCUCCUGAAAACAGAGCUGGAACGCCGAGAUGCAAAAGUCCGGACUCUUCAAAGCCAGCUCCUGCUCCAGCAGGACAAAAGGGAUGGGCUGGCCGCCGAGCUGGAUGCUCAAGAGCAGAGGAUCUAUGAAUUGCAGACCAGGCAGACGGAGAGGCAGGCAGAACUGGAGCAGAAAUGCAGCUGGAUCCAGCAGCUCGAACAAGACCUGGAGGCCAGUGGCAGGCUACAGGAGGAAUCCCAGAGGCAGCUUGGGGAGUGUAAUGUGCAUCUGGCCCAGGUAGCACGAGAGAAUGAGGCUCUACAAGUCCAUCGGCUUGAGCAGAUGUUAGAGAUUGAGAAACUGAUGUCCAGCCUGAGGACCUGGGAAAAAGCCAGCGGGAGUCUUUCCUGUGAGACACUAGCACAUCAGUGGGAGGAGCAGGCAGAGCUGCAGCAGAGACUUGCUGAUGUUCAGGAUGAGCUGCAGAAGAAAGAGACAGCAGCACACAGGUUCCAGGCUGAGUUGCGGGACACUAGCCGGCUGGCACAAGAAACAAAGAAUCAGCUUGCUGAAGCAGAGAUGGAGGUGGUUACCAUGAGGAACAAAUAUAGCAUGGCACAGAAAGAGGCUGCAGAGAGGAGUGAGGUGCUGCAGAGCCUGCAGGAGGCCAGCCAAGCACAGCAGCUGAGGACAGCAGAGCAGGACAGGACCAUCCUCAUGCUGCAGAAACAUCUGGAAAAGCACCAGGGCGCUGAGGAGCAGAUGACCCAGCAGCACCAGACCAUCCAUGCACUGGAAGAAGAGCAAGCCCGGCUGCAGGCCCAUUGUCACCACCUGGAGGAGGAGACUGGCUUUCUGCAUGCCAGGCUGGAGGCCCAAGGCCUGGUGUUGGAGAAUGAGCAAACACUGGUAACCAGCCAAUUAUACUACAAAGAGGAGCAGGUGGAGAAGUUAACGAGAGAGCUGCUGAAGGCAAAGGCUGAGGUGCAAGCAGCUGAGCAGAAGGUCCAGCGCUGGGAGGACACCAUCGGGCAGCUGAAGGAUAGCCUGGCAGUAUCCCAGGUGUCGCGGGAGGCAGCCGAAUCCAGAGUCCAGCUCAAAGAAGAGCAGCUGCAGGGUUUGCAGAGGAAAGGGCAGUCACUGCACCAGGAGCUGAAGAUGGUGCAGAGAGAGGUGGCCCAGCUGGAGAUGCUGCUGAGCACAUCACAGCUGGAGUCAUGCUCCCUGAAGAAGGAGCUGCAGAGGAAAGACGAGGAGCUCCAGCGCAUGCAAGAGCAGCUCCGAGACUCUCAGGAAGCACUGCAGGGUGCUAGGCAAGGGAAAGAAGGCGUCCAGAAGGAGUCAGAGACCCAGCUGCUGCAGCGUGACCAGCUGGUAGAGCAGCAGAGUGAUCUUGUGGCAGCCCGAGAAGAGCUUUCCAGGUGCGCAGGGCAGCUCGCAGAGCUGCGCUCAGACCAACAGCAGCAGGCUGGGGAACUGGCCGCCCUGAGGGAGAAGCAUAAGACCGCGCAGCAGGAGGUGUGCAGCCGUGACCAGACCAUCAGGAAGCUCAGAGGAGACCUGAAAAGUGCUGAGGAGGAGCUGGUGCGAGCGAAGGAUGAGGGGAAGGAGAGAGCCACAGAGGGGAGCGGCCUGAAGGGAAAGCUCCACCAGCUGCAAGAUGACGUAAGAAGGAUGCAAGAGAUCUGCGGGGAGCGGGAGAAGGCCAUGAUGGAGCAGACCUGCUGCAUCCAGCAGCUCCAGCAUGAGCGGGAGAUCUGCAUCAGCCAGGGCCAGGAGCAGACAAUGCUAGUGGAGCAGCUGCAGGGACAGCUCGAAUCUCGGGAGCGAGCCCACCAGACAGAACUGGAGCAGCUGCGGGCCAAGCUGCAGCACCUUCAGCAGGAGCUGGAUAUCUGCAAAGGGAAGAACCAGGAUAAUCUGAGCCACCUGCAGCAGCGGGAGUCCAUGAUGGAGAGGCAGAGCUUGGAUCUGGAGUUCCUGCUGCAGCAAUGCCAGACGCUGAAAGAGGAGGUGUUCUACUACGAAGAGGUGGUGCAGAAGCAGGAGAGGGAGCUCUGCCAGCGGCAGGAGCAGCUCCGAGAGGCGCAGGAGCACCUGGCCAUGGCCAAGAGCAAGAGCAGCUCCACCGAGAGCAGCCUGGAUCUGUACAAGAAGAAGUACCAGGCCACCCUGAACAGAGCUGGCGAGCUGGAGGGCAAGGUGCAGAGCCUGGAGGAGGAGCUCCGGGACAUGAGCAGCCAGAUGUGGGAGUGUGAUGACACCAUCAUCAAACUGUGCGGCAAGCAGCUAGUUCUGCAGCAGGAGAUGACAGGCAGGAGGAACCAGACAGCCAUGGAGCAGCUGACUCAAGAACUUCAUGCCACACAGGAGGAGCUGUCCAGGAGCCUUCAGCAUGCCCACCAGUGUGAGCAGAGCAUCCAGGGCCUCCGAGAGCAGCUGGUUGCCAGUCAGACCAAGUGCUUGGAAGAGGAAGAGACUCUGGUGAACGUGCAGACCGAGUUUGCCUCCUACACAGCCACUCACAGACACUCCAACGCCAGCUACGAGAGCCAAGCAGCCGUGGCCGAGAAACUCCAGCAGCAGCUGAUCCACGCCGAAGAGGAAAGCUCCAAGCACAGCCAGCGGGCCAAGGAGCACCAGUGCCUGGUGGAGGACUUGAAGCUGGAGCUGGUGCGAGUGGCUGAGCAGAAGAACAGCACCAUGAAAGCCCUCGGGCAGCUGGAGCUGGAGGUGCAGCAUCUGAGGCAGGACGCAGCUGCUGAGGUGGUGCAGAAGCAGCUGGAAGUGGCCAAGCUGCAGCAGCUGAUCCAGCAACUGGAGAGCAAGCUCAGGGAGAGCCGCAGGCUGUGGUGUGCGCAGAAGGAGCAGGUUAUGCAGAGACGGGAUGAGCAGCUCCGCCAGGCGCAGGCCGCCCUGCAGGAGACGGAGCUGGAGGUGGAGAAGCAGCGCACAGAGGCCAGGAGCCUGGAUGAGCGCCGGGAGCAGGCCCAGCAGGAGGGGGAGCAGAGCCAGGCAGCCAGCGGCACCCUGCAGGAGGAGACGCAGCUGCUGAGACAGGCGGCUGCAGCUCAGGAGCUGGUGCAGCAGGAGAAGUGGCUGCUGCUGGCCCAGAGCAGCCUGCAGAGCACGCAGGAGCAUCUGAGCGAGCGCGCGGCCGAGGGUGUCCAGCUGGAGCAGGCCAGCCGCAGGUUGGAGGCGGAGCAGCAGGCGCUGCAGGAGCAGCUGUCCAGCAGCUUGGAUGAGGUGGAGCAGAGCAGGAAGCUGCUCAAGUACCUGAAGGUGGAGCUGAGCCAGUGGAAUCAGAGGCACCAGGUGGCUGUGCAGCAGGGGAUGCAACAUCAGCACUCAAUGGCCAAGAUGGAGCUGAAACUGGGGAGCAGCCAGGAGCAGGCGAAAGCCCUGCAGCAGCAGCUCCAGGAACAGGAAUCCACCCAGCGGGCCCUGCAGGAGGAGCUGAGCCAGCUGCAGGGCAGGGAGGAAGCACUCCAGCAGCAGCUGCAGAGAGCCCAGGAGAGGGAGAGCAUGCUGGCCAGUGAGUGCGAGGAGCUGCAGCAAGAGCUCCAAAGCAGCGAGCAAGCGGCCAUGCUCCAGGAGUCGGCCCUGGCCCAGCUGCAGGCGGAGCUGGAAGCAGCCCAGGCCAGAGAGAGGCAAAGCACCCGCACACUGACUGCAGCGGAGGAGACCAUCCAAGAGCUGAUGCUGAAAACUGCCUCCUGCCAAGAGAAGCAGUGGGAGGCGCUGGAGAAGCUGUCUGCUCCAGGGCCUGCCGCCCCACCCUACUGCUCGGCCCUGCAGGCGGAGCUGGUGCGGACACAGGCCAGGGAAGCCCAGCUGGAGGAGGAGAUGGCUGCCUAUGAGGAGCCGAUGAGGCGGCUCAACGGGGAGCUGCAGGAUUUCCAGCAGCAGAGGGAGCAGGAGGUCCGGUCCUUCGAGGAGCAGCUGGGUGAGCGGAGCAGCCAAGUGCAGCACUGGCAGAGGCGGUACCAGGAGAAUGCGCAGGCCCUGGCACAGCGGGAUGAGGAACUGGUCGUAUUCAAGGUGGAACUGGCCUCAUUGAAAGAAAAGCUUCAUGGUUCCGCUGAAGAGAGAGACCGCUGGCAGCAAGAGCUCAAUGUCUUAAGGCAAAAAUUUGUGGCCUCCAGCAGUGAGGCAGAGGCGCUGCGCUCCUCCCUGGGGGCUGCGCGCUCAGACAGCCGCCGGCUGCACUGCGAGAGCGAGCUGGUGCUGGCCAACGUCACCCAGUGGGUGAAGGAGCAAAAGCAAGCAAACGACAAACUGGGACACAAGAUCCGGGAGCAGAUCAAGCACAUCGCUCAGCUGACAGGCCAGAAGGACCACCUGCAGGAGGUGAUGGCGAGGCUGCAGCAUGAGAACAGGCACCUGAAAGGCCAAGUGGCCGAGCGGCACAUUGAGUGUGAGCGGCUGAAGGCUCUGCAGGGCAGCGGCUUAGAUGCACGGGCUGUGCUGCGGCAGCCAUGGCCCCUGCUCCUGGGCGAGGAGCAAGGUCCCACCCUUCUUCCAGCCUGACACCUGCAAGGACUGUACACAGGACGGGCACGUUCCCUGCACCUACCUCAGCUACCUGCUGCGGGCCUCAGGCCUAACCUGCACUGUGAAAUAAAGCCAUGGGCACAGGCUGUCACUGACCACGUGUGGUUUGGCCAUGCCGGAAGGGCGGGGGCUGCAGCCCCCUCAGCAAACUCAGCCGGUCGGGAACAGUCCUUGUAUUUCAGCUCCCAGUACCGAUCCAGCAGUCACUGGAGCAGCAUUGCUCCCUCCUGCCCCUUCCCCCAGGGGCCACAGCCCGGGGGGCCAAGCAGUGCUAGCCCUGGUGCAGGCUGGGGAAGUGGUUGGAGCAAGACUUACAGAGGGGGCUUCUUCCUUUUCCAUAACCUGUUCCCAUCGCAGAAACGGGCCAGGGACUGCGGUUAGUACCAGGUGCUUGGCCCAGCUUCACAGCAGCAGCAGCCCUGAGGCAGAUUCUGAGCUGUUAGAUGGGGGGCAGCGUCCUCCCCUGGGAGAGGAGCUGCCACAGGCACCAGCCAGUGCCCAUCCUGCAGCUGUGAAUCCCAGCCGCUGGCACCAGUUUGCAGAGCAGGCAGCUCUGCCUGGGGCCAAGUCCCAGCUAGGAGCUGGGCCGAGCCAGCCACAGAAAGCCCA